AUGGACUCUUUUUCGGCCCAAGCGGGUGAGAGUAGUGCAUCCGGUAAGUCUAAGCGUGGUGGAAAAAGAAAGCUUAAUGUUGCGAGUGAGGAUAAAAUAAUCGGGCUAAUUUCAUCUGUUUGCGAGGAGAUGAACAAGCGUCUUUCUGAAUUGUCAGCACGUUUACAAACCAAGUUGAUGCAAAAGAGCAACGUAUUGCCGUUUAUGAGGCACUUAAAAAAAAUUCCGAACUUAACAACGGAUGAAAGGGUGGUUGUCAUGCGUUACAUAUGCAAAAACGUUGAUGAAUUGGAUCUCUUUUUUAGCCUUUAUGAUGAUGCAAAGUGCUCCUUGGUGCAACAGAUCUUGACCGGGUGA